GCUCAAUCUUACACCUUCUUGGUUGUAGCAACUUCAAAAAUCUAUAACAGUUAUUCUCCUUUCUAUAAUAUGAUAGUGUCAUGGCCAUGGUGAUACAAAACAGCUAGAUAGUUUUGGCUUAUUAUAUACCCCCAUAAGCCCCAUAGGCCAUACCACUCUCAAUUCUGUUCUCACAUUUCCUAUAUAUAUUUGCCACUCUUUCUGUGAGCUUCUCAACAGAAAGACACAAUGGGCAAAGAAAGUAGUACUUGUGUUCUUCUAUCCCUUCUCAUUCUUUCACUCUUUGUGGCUGAAAUAUAUGGAAAUAGACAAGUUCAAGCUCUUAACAAACUGCACAAGUCCACCAAGUUCAGAGGAAAUUCACAAAUUGAUAGGAGUGAGUUUGAGGUAGAGGAGCUUGCUUAUGAUGGCAUUGUUCACUCUCAAGAGGGUCUCAAAGAGAAAGAUAGAAUUGAGAGUCUUCCAGGACAACCCCCUGUGAGUUUUUCUCACUAUGGAGGGUAUGUCACUGUGGAUAAAGAAGCAGGUCGUGCCUUCUAUUAUUACUUCGUUGAAGCUCAACGUUCUAAACAAACACUCCCACUUCUUCUUUGGCUCAAUGGAGGUCCUGGAUGUUCAUCUCUUGGCUAUGGAGCAAUGCAAGAACUUGGACCUUUUCGAGUAAACAGUGAUGGUAAAACACUCCACAGAAAUAUAUUUUCUUGGAACAAAGUUGCAAAUGUUUUAUUCCUGGAGUCACCUGCUGGAGUAGGAUUUUCCUAUUCAAACAAAUCAAAAGAUUAUGAUACGAAUGGAGAUAAGAAAACAGCUGCAGACAAUUAUUUAUUCUUGGUGAAUUGGUUGGAGAGAUAUCCAGAAUAUAAGGAAAGAGAUUUCUAUAUUGCUGGGGAAAGCUAUGCUGGGCAUUAUGUGCCUCAAUUUGCACAUACCAUUCUCUAUCAUAACAAAAAGGCAAAUAAGAAAAUCAUCAAUCUAAAAGGAAUCUUGAUUGGGAAUGCAGUGAUCAACGAGGAAACUGACUCGGACGGACUGUAUGAUUAUCUUGCCAGCCAUGCAAUCAUCUCAGACAAAGCAGCUUAUCUCAACAAAGCUUGUGAUUCAUCAUCAUCAAAGAUUCAGGAAAGUGUGUGCGAUGCAGCCGGAGAUGAACUUGGGGAGGAUAUUGAAUACAUUGAUUUAUACAAUAUUUAUGCUCCACUAUGCAAGAAUGCAAAUCUCACAGCCCUGCCCAAAAGGAACACAAUUGUGACUGAUCCAUGUAGUGAGAAUUAUGUGUACGCAUAUCUUAAUAGAAAAGAUGUUCAAGAGGCUCUCCAUGCCAAUGUAACCAACCUCAAACAUGACUGGGAACCCUGCAGCGAUGUCAUAACAAAGUGGGUUGAUCAAGCUUCAACAGUUCUUCCACUUUUACAUGAAUUCCUCAACAAUAGCCUCAGGGUUUGGAUUUUCAGUGGUGACACAGAUGGAAGGGUGCCUAUUACAUCAACCAAGUAUUCAGUUAAGAAGAUGAACCUUCCCAUUAAAUCUGUUUGGCACCCUUGGUUUUCCUAUGGAGAGGUUGGUGGCUAUGUAGAAGUAUACAAGGGAGGCCUAACAUUAGCUACGGUGAGGGAAGCAGGGCAUCAAGUGCCAAGUUACCAACCAGCCAGAGCCCUAACUUUGAUCAAAUAUUUCUUAGACGGCACUCCUCUUCCCGGUCCUCCCAAAAGAAAGGACUAGGACUAGUUUCUUCAAAUCCACUUUUCAAUAAUUGUUGUGGUAAUUAUUAAUUUAAGGCAAAUAAAUACAAUUAUAUUAUAGUGGGGUUUCUUGGAUUCUAUUCUUGUUGGCGAUCUUUCAUUGGUAAGACUCCUGUAAAUAUCAUUAUAAGCUCUCGCCAAAAAUUGAACAUGGCCUAUGAAUGGGGCAACCUAGGUUCUUUGAACUUCCUCGCACUCAAAGAAAAAAAGAAAAUAGUUUGAUUUGAGUAUUUGAUUAAUGAAAGUGUUUGUGAAAAAGAAUAUUGUUACUCAA